ACAAUUAGGCGGCUAGUAGGAUAUCUGCCUACCUAUCUUGUUUCGAGUCAUUUUUUUGACAUUUCGUUCCGAACGUCAAAAAAAAAACGUCAAAAUCAUUAAAAACUCGUAGCGAGCGGGAAUGUGUCGAAUGUGAUAGUGAUAAAAUCUCGUUUGUUGAUUCAAAGUGAUUGUAACUGAACGAAACGCGACCUUAUAAAGAAAUACCCCUUAUAGAAUGCCGCCGAGUAGCUUACGAGUCGUGUACGCGUUCGCCAGAGAAAUGCAUCCGAAGACAACUGACAUUUUUAUUGAAUACGGCACUGCCGGAUUUCGUACAAAGGCCAAUUUAUUGGAGCAUGUCGUGUAUCGUAUGGGUCUCUUGGCUGUCAUUCGUUCCAGAGUUAAAAAUGGACGCACCAUCGGCAUCAUGAUAACAGCAUCGCACAAUCUCGAGCCCGACAACGGUGUGAAGCUCAUCGAUCCAGAUGGCGAGAUGCUUGAGCAGAGCUGGGAGGCGAUAGCCACUAAACUAGCUAAUGUCAGUGACAAUGACUUGGAAGCGACAACUGCUGAGAUUAUAAAAGAAGUGAAUGCUAAUAUGACACUCAAAACGAGUAUAUUCAUUGGAAUGGACACAAGAUACACAAGUCCCCGUCUAGCACAGGCGGCUGCUAAUGGAGUCAUGGCGCUGAAGGGAACGCCCAAGGAGUUCGGAAUUGUUACCACUCCAAUGCUGCAUUUCUUCGUAAAAUGUCGUAACGAUAAUACAUAUGGAACUCCAACCGAGGAAGGAUAUUAUGAGAAAAUCGUUGGUGCUUUCAAGAAUAUACGUCAAAAACUACCCGUUUACGGUAAUUAUAGUACAACGUUGUACGUAGACGGCGCUAACGGCGUCGGUGGAAAGAAACUUAAUAUCAUCAAGAAGACCCUCGAUGGUGAAUUGGAUCUGAAGCUGUUCAAUUUAGGCGGGAACGGAGGAAAGUUGAAUUUGAAUUGCGGUGCUGAUUUCGUGAAAGUAUCACAGAAGCCGCCCGUCGGCGUAGAGCACGUGCCGAUGCAGCGAGUGGCCUCACUGGACGGGGACUCCGAUCGCAUCGUCUAUUACUACGUCGACGAUAAAGAUAAAAUGCACUUGUUGGACGGCGAUCGUAUAGCCACAUUACUGGCCAGCUACAUCACCGAAUUGCUGACGGCCAGCGAAGCGAAACAUUUGAAACUAGGCCUCGUGCAAACGGCCUACGCUAACGGUGCAUCCACUGCUUAUAUAACGCAGAAGCUGAAAGUCCCGGUGAGCUGCGUGAAGACAGGAGUGAAGCAUCUCCAUCACGCAGCGCUUUCGUAUGACAUCGGCGUCUACUUUGAAGCGAACGGGCACGGCACAGUCAUAUACAGUCACGACGCUAAGAAGACGAUCAGCAAAAUUGCCGAAGAGGGGGAGUCGGAACAAAGGAAGGCGGCGCAGUUGCUUCUGGACUUCAUCGACAUGACCAACGAGACGGUCGGAGACGCCAUAUCGGACCUGUUCCUCGUCGAGACGGUGCUCUGCGCUCGAGGACUGGACGCCGAGCAGUGGCUCUCCACGUACGACGACCUGCCCUGCAGACAAGUAAAAGUAACAGUACAGGAUCGUAACGUGAUAUCUACGGCGGACGCGGAGCGCGUGUGCACGUCGCCCGAGGGACUGCAGACGCGUAUCGACGAGCUCGUCGCUGCGUACGCGGACGGACGCGCCUUCGUGCGUCCCUCCGGCACCGAGGACGUGGUGCGAGUGUACGCGGAAGCGGAUACGCAGCAGUCAGCAGAUAAACUCGCCGCAGAAGUAUCACAGGCCGUUUACGAUUUGGCCGGCGGCGUUGGAAAUCGGCCAGAGUUGCCAGCUUAAAAAACAUUGCGGGAAACAGUUCGGAAAGAAGCUAUUUGCGCACGUAGAAAUUUUACAAAUAAAUGAAGAUGACUUUUCGAAUAUCUUUUUCUUGAAGUUUAAAACUUCAGAACGAGAUUAUUUUGAAAAAAUAAUAAUAAUCAAAUCAGUCCUCGUGACUAAAAACAUUAGUCGCUCUAACAAAAGACGCUAAAUUAUGACAAAAAUCUUCGAAUGAAGAACUUAUUUUUGUCACUACUGUCAAUGUCAUAACGAGUGUUCCGUCUCUAUCUAAUCAGUCUAAGUGUGUAACACCCUAUAGCUGAGCUUCAAAUAAAAGCGGUUACCGGGCCUUUACAAUAACGAAAUUAAUACCUAAUAAUAAUUAAAAUUAAUUUUACGGUUUAAUCUCGCAUUUUAUUUUAUUUAUGACAGCAUUUUGAAUACUGUGUAAUUUUCCUGGUCACAGAUGACUGUAAUGUUAUUCUCGAGCAUUUCAAUAUUGUGUUACCUACCCUCUAAUUUUGCAAAAAUUAAAUCUUGAAUUACAUGUUUUAUUUUUCACACUGAAAUUAAUUUUGUAUCUGAAACUCAUUUUAUUUGACUUAAGUUUUUAUGUUCAUUGUAAUAAAAUUUAUUUUAUUAAAUCAAUAUAAUUCAAGAGAAUCCCGGAUAAGCGCAAGCUGUAAGUUACAUAUUGGAAUGGUUACAAAUAAUUAGUAAAUCCGAGACUGAAUCGUAAAAGUUGUUUUAAUUUGUCUACGACUCGGAAAAACCGAAAAUAAGUAAAUCGUAUUAACAAAUUAUUACAAUAAAUAUUAGAUUAAAAAAUACACAGAUUAGUUAAUAUUAGAAUGUCCGUUUGAGUUUCAUUGAAAUAGCUGUGUACAGUGUGAGAGUUUUUUAACGUUAUCGAUAGCGUAAAAGUUAGCUCAUAUUUGUAUGGAAUGGGAUAGUUUGCCUACGUUUGCCGCUAGGGGCGCUGUUCCAACUGCAUACAAAAUUGGGUUAACUUUUACGAUAUCGAGACCGUUAAGAACUCGCACUAAGCACUCUGAACUGUUUUUUAGUAUACAUAAUUAGUACAACGCCUUACUAGUCGUUUUGGAGUUUAUAAAGCAUUAAAAUAUAUUUAUCUUUUCGAAUUUUAUUAAAAACAAUUCUCACAACGUUAAUAAGGAAAAGCUCUCUUCGUUAAUAAAACAAAAUGUAUGUAAAGUUAAUUGAAAUGUUUUCUCAUUUAACGAAUAAAUAAUAGUAGAGAUAAUAACAUAUUUGUAUGUAUGUUACUGGUGGUAGGACCUCUUCUGAGUCCGCACGGGUGGGUACCACCGCCCUACCUAUUUCUGCCGUGAAGCACUAAUGCGUUUCGGUUUGAAGGGUGGGGCAGCCGUUGUAACUAUACUGAGACCUUAGAACUUAUAUCUCAAGAUGGGUGACGCAUUUACGUUGUAGAUGUCUAUGGGCUCCAGUACCCACAUAACAUCAGGUGGGCUGUGAGUUUGUCCACCCACCUAAGCAAUAAAACAAAAAUGUUGAUAGAUAUACCUCAAUACAAAUAUGUAGCUAUCGACUGAUGUAUAGUUAUACAGGGUGUGAGCCGGCAAUUAUCAAAACCAAUUACUUUAAUGGUUAAAUGAUAGACAUUUGAGGCCUAUAAAAUCAAAGGCAGCUAAAUCCAAUUCUGUCAAAUAUUGAGGUAAACUACAAAAAUCGGCCAUAAACACGUCAUUACGGAUCCUCCUGAUACAUCGAAGUACUGCUUUUGCUAGGGCCAGUACUAGCAACACUCCCGGUUUGAGAAACUGAAAUAACUGUACGGGUAGCUACGAUAUUCUUUAUUUUAAAGAAGAUUUAUAAAGAAUGAGAAUAUUGCUAAUAAUCUGAAUUUUAAAUGAUAAAACUUCGUUUAUAUUUGAGUACAGAGUAAAAAUUAAAUUUUUGAACUGAAUUUGCUAGAGAUUUAGCUGCAUUUGUUAUAAUAUGAAAACACUAAAGCGUGUCCAACUAACUAAACAAGAUGGCGCCAUAGUUAAUCCAUUUUACUGCACUAUGGCGUUUAGCUGCCUUUGAUUUUAUAGGCCUCAUUUAGGGUUUGCGUUUGAACAAACAAUAAUCAUUAGUGAUUUCUUUAGUAUUAUUGGUAGCUAUCACAAGUACUAGUCUUUAGUUUUCGGAAUUAUUAUUUAUUUUUUGGUUUGAAACACACCCUGUAUAAUGUUAUGUAAACAAAAAAAAACAUACAUAGUGCUUUUUUAAUAUCGAAUUAUUGUUUUAACACUGCCUUUGUUAACUGAUAGUUUAAGUUUUAAUUAUGAUAAAAAAAAAAAUCUUCAUAUUAUUAUAUUACUUAAAUCAUACACCCCAGUCAAAAUGAUUUUAUUAAGAAUUUGUUUUUUAAAAAUGAUGUAAUGUUUUACGUAGUCUUCAAAAAUUGUGCAGCUUGUUCUGAUUAUAAAAGAAAUUUCUAAUUUGGUUAUUAAAUUUAAAAAUUUUAUGAUUGUGUGUGUCUGUGUCGAGCCCUGUUUUAAAUAAUUAAAAUUGUAAUUUGUUUAUUGUUUCUGAAUUGUUGUGCAAAUUGAAGAGAAAGAAAAAAAUGUGUGAAUUUUAAAAUAGAAAAAGUCAUUCCAAUGAGCAUUUGAUGAAACAUUAAUAUGUAAAUGAUUCGACUGAUUUUUUAAUAAAUUAUAAUGACACUUAUUGAAUAACAGUAUGCAUGCAUUCAACAAUAUCAGAUUCUAUCAACAGGGUGAUUCCCCUCAAAUAUGGUGAUUGUCGAAAAUGUUGUUUAAUUUAUUUCACUUUAAUUCAUAAACGUUUUGAGUAAAACAUCUGAGAUAAUAUUAUUUAUUAACCCUUUGAGCGCGAACCGUCGUUAGAUCGACUCUCUAUUAAUCUCUAAUACUCGUAUAAAGUGCAGAGCGUCGGAAAACCGGUUAUUUGCGCAGAUUGAUGCACAGAUGUUUGGUAUCCAAUUGUACGAACAUGUCUUAUCUUGUUUUAGCGCAUGUUUUAACCCCUUUUUAAGCAGUUGUUAACAUUUAUAAAUAACCAUUUAAAAUUCUUUUGUUAAUUGAUUAGCAUUGAUUUUUUUUAAUUAACGUUUUUUGUAAGGUACUUUUUUCAAAUUUUUUUAGUAAUUUCUGCAAAAUAUAUGUAAAUAAGCUCAGCACUAAAAGGGUUAACAUAUAUUGCGAUCAAUAAAUUAAACACGCUUAUAUUAGCUUGAUCUGUAUCUCUAUAUUUUUGUAAUAAUAUUUCAAGGUAAUUUUCACCAAUUUCAAGUCCAUAUUACGGUUACCGAUGACGACACAAUAUAUUUAUUAUUUACCUAAUAUCCUGACCAAGAUCACUAGAUUAUAAACAUGUUUUUGAAAUAUUAUUUUACAUGUAAUUUUUCUAACUUUUGGACCGAUAUUUUCUUUUACUCGUGGUUAUUUCUUUAAAGAAAUACUUUGAAAUGUUUUUUUAACUUUACUGUGUUUCUCGCACGUAUUCGUCACAUUGGUUGCGAGUUAAAUUUAGUUUAAUCAUUAAAAUUUUAUUUCCUGUUAACGAAUUAUAGAAUAUUAGAGUUUUAGUAUCGUUUAUUUUACAUCAAAGAUUAAAAAAACACGGUGUGGCACUCGGGGACUGCCGCGGUAAAGCUAUUGCAUAGCAUUUUUUAUUAACUUAUGCAAUUAUAAUUAGACAAUAAUAAUUUAAUAAUAAAAUUAUAAUAAAAUAAGACCACGCUAUAUUUAUAAACAUUAACAAACGCAAAACAUUAACUGUCCCCUUCACACUCAUAAGGUCAGACUUUUCAUGAUGCGCAUGCAGUGUGACGUCACGCCGCGCGCUUAUUCACAAACACUACACAAGCGCAACGUAUGAAUGUGUUGAACGCGAGCUACAUGAUAGGCGAAGUGGGGGGUGUUAGGUUUUUUCGUUACGGAAUUUCUUGAUUCGGUCGCCGCGCUUAAAGCCGCGAUAAAAGCUAUGCAAUAGCUUAAAUGUUUAAUAUUCGAUAAUUUAUUUAAUAAAGUAUAAUUAUGAUUUUAUUCUAAAUUAUGUUAACAAAUCUAUUGGUGAAUUGAGGCUGCGAUUAUCUCUCGAUGAUAAUAAGCUGAAUUCUGUUGAAUUUCAAGUAAUAUAUAUAGAAACUUGCCAAUGCUGACUAUACAGAAUUGAAAGUUGAAGGUUUUGUAUUUUAAUAUUUCGAAAUUUUUUUGUUACCUUUUUGAGAUCUAAUCUAUGUAUACAGAGUAGAGUAAAACGAGUAAAUCUACAUUAAGGAGUUUCCUAAGAAUGUUAAAUUAUGGUUACCAUUUAGAACUGGAAUUUCACAGAACGUUCAAUAGUUCAAUUUCCAAGUUCAUAAGGUAUUUUUUACAUAUCAAAAUUAAUAGCUUUGUUAAAAAAAGGUAAUUCUCAGCUGAAAGUCGGUUUUAUCUAAAACAGUUAAUUUCAAGACCCAUUAGAACUCGCAUGCCACUGCUGGUAUUAUUUCAAGUUUUUAACCACUUCAGGGACGAACUAUUUAACGUAAAAAAAAGAAGUUAAUUUAUCCUUUAUCCAUUUUAUUUUUAUUUAAAAUAAUUUAAUAAGUAAAAAAGAAUGCCUGCCUUUAAUUCUCUAAUUAUAACAAUGCUUCAUUACAAUUAUCAAUAUUUUUGCCCGAUUUCCUAACGAACACAUGCAAUGAACAAAACAAGUCACAAUUUCAAAAACAUUUUAAAUAUAAAUAACAUAAUAUUUUGGUUUGGUAUAUAAAUAAACAUUGUUAAAAAAUUGUGCGUAUUUUGAUAAACAAUGAUAAAUUUUGUAAACAAUUUUAUCUAAUCGACAGUUUUCACCUUUGAUUAUGAUAAAUGUUUUGAUAGUGUCCACGUACAGAAUACGUAUUAUUUACAUACAUACGUACUUGAGAAAUAUCGAACUUUUUUCUCAAUUUUAGCGCGCAAAAUGUUCGUUAGAAAAAAAGAAAACUAUAGACUAGUUUGUAUUUCGACAAUUUUUUAUUUCAAUUGUAAUAUCUAAAAAUGGUAGAAUACAUAUUAAAAUGUAGAUAUUCUUUCUAUGUAAGUAUACAAGAAUAUAAUUUCCCUAUACAUUGGUGCUUUUGAUCAAUAAUAUGACAAGCAGUUUUUCGUGUCGGGUCGUUUUCUAAUUAUUACUUAAGGCUAAGAAAAUAAAGUCGAGAAUGAAAUGUUUCCAUAGUUUGACUAAUUUCGUCCCCCUUGUUCUAAAGCCAUUGACCGAACCGGAGCGUAAUUUCUUUCACUAGAAGAUUGUUGGGUUUCGUCUGAAUAAUUAAGGCAACGACAUACGACACAUAAUUGCUUGUUCGAAAGAUUAUUUUUAUUUAAACAGUAAAUAAAAAUUGUAUUGUUUUAAUUUUAUUGUGUGGACCCUGUUUAAUGAUACUGUUAAUUCAAUAAAAUAAUAUUUACACUCAA